UCUUUGGCUUUUAAAUUCGCUUGCAGUCUGCUAUUGCUUUUGUUUGUAACUUCGACUUUUGUAGUCAGUUGAGUAGUGGAAGUGCAGUUUAGUAAUAAAUGUACUGACCUCAAGUUAAAUUGUGUACGGCAAUGCUCGAAAAGUGGUAUAUCCAUUUUUGGUAGAGAAUUGUUUUAUUAAGACUAAUCGUUGAUUAAAUAUUUCAAUUGGAAAUGAUUUAAACGAAAAUAUUUCGUCAAAGCACAGCUGCCGCGCGCAGGAGCGAGAUACAUUGAAUACAAUAAGUGCUGCAGUUUUAUUGAAAGCAUUACCUAGCUUUAGGUCACUCAACUAUAACUUGCCUACAAAGGAAAAAUAAACUACGCAGAUUUUUAGUAUCAAUCAAAAUUAAAAAGUAGCGCUAUACGAAGGUAUAGUCAAAGGAAAAACCGACUAAAAGGAAAGAUCCCUACUGUUCUUGUAAUCGUAUCGAAAUAACGUGAUGACGGACGAGUGUAUUGCCAUAAACUACGAAUACAUAAGGAGAAUGGAAAAAACAAGCAUGUUGAUGCAAAGUAUAGAUAAAAUAGAUGCACAACCAACGGGACGAGAAAAACCCACUGCCGGUGCAAUUAAUUCAUUUGGAAUCAAUAAAGGCAGCAGUGGAGUAGGUGAAGAUGUUAGUGCAGGAUUCCAUAAAUAUACUGCGCAUAUGCCCACUGAGCGUCACGCUAGCCAAUAUAAUAUGAAUCAUAAGAAUCGGGGUCUUGCUCUAAUUUUUAAUCAUGAAAAUUUUGAUAUACCAUCUCUAAAACCUCGUCAAGGAACCAAUGUAGACUGCGAAAAUCUUAGUGCUGCUCUGAAGAAAUUGCACUUCGAAGUAAAUACUUUUAAAGACUGUAAAUUGAGAGAGAUUCUAAAGCAUGUGGACCAUGCUGCCUCUCAAGAUCAUACGGAUAAUGACUGUGUCGUGGUGGCUAUAUUAUCACAUGGUGAACAUGGAUAUCUCUACGCAAAGGACGUUCAAUACAAAUUAGAUACAAUUUGGCACUAUUUUUCGGCUCACACUUGCCCAACUCUGGCCGGAAAGCCUAAAUUAUUUUUUAUCCAAGCUUGUCAAGGUGACCAUUUUGAUCCUGGGGUUAUGAUGUGUAGAACCGAAACUGACGGCGAAACAUCAAUGAGUUACAAGAUUCCUGUACACGCUGAUUUUCUCAUUGCCUAUUCCACAAUACCUGGCUUCUACUCAUGGCGCAACACCACUAACGGCUCUUGGUUUAUGCAAUCACUAGUAGAAGAACUGAAUAAGAAUGGCAAAAAACAUGAUAUACUGACAUUACUAACAUUCGUUAAUCAGCGUGUUGCUGUCGAUUUUGAAUCAUGCGUUCCAGAUUGUCCGAUAAUGCAUCAGCAGAAACAAAUUCCAUGUGUUACUUCGAUGUUAACGCGUAUAUUGCGCUUCACAGACAAACCAUCUAAAGCCACAUAAAUUACACAUUAACAUUUGAACACCUGCUUCAAAUAGUGGAAUGUGCAAUUUGAUUGAAAAAAGAAAGGUAUUUUUGUAGUAUUGUACACAUAUGGUACAUUAUUUUUGAACUGAAAGGAGUUGAUAUAUACAUAAUCAUUAAGAAAUCAUUAAUUUGUGCAACUGCAUACAAACACCUCAAGAGUGUAUUAAAUGCAGAGACUGAACUGCUUCCCAUAUUCACUGCUUUAAUUUUGCCAUUUAUUGAAAUUUAUUGUAUUUUGAAUAACAUACAAAUGAAAGAAUUGUAUUUUUAAUAUAAGAUUGAAUUGACUUGAAUUAAACAAA